AUGCCGGAGCCGGGCCCGGGGCCGGGGGCCGGGACUGGGGCUCGCCGGGACCGGUGCCCGCCUCCUCGAAGCCCUGGCGCGCCGCCCGCCCCGCCGGUGCGCUCUCGGCCCGGGCCGCCUCCGGGCGCGCGGACCCCGCCCCGCCGGCCCCUGCCCCGCGCGGCCCCUCGCGGCUCACCCCGCGCCUCGCGCAGCCCUCGACCGCCCCGUCGCCCGCGCCGCGGCCUCCCCCUCUCCGGGGCCCCUCUUCUUCCCACCGCGCCCCCCUUCCCUCUCCGGUCCUCUUUGUCCCCGCUGCCUCGGAGCGCUCCUCGCUCCCCUCCUUCCCUCGGCCGCUUCGGCCAGUCCCAUGCCCGGUGUGGACCCCCGCCCCCUUUCGGACCCCCGCUGCCCUGGGCCCCCAGCCCUUGCCAGCAGCAUCCACGCGCCGUCCGCUCCCUUCCCACCACCCCUCUUUCCCUCGGGUUCCACUCCUCGUCCCCAUCCCUUCCUCGUGGGUCCCCCGAUCCCUCUACCCCACUCCGCCUUCCCCCACGAGUGUCCCCUUCUUGGAGGCACCUAACCCAGCAGGUAAUCUGCACGAUUGCCUCCGAAGAGCCGGGAGCUGGGAGCCCCGUGUACACCUGUGGUGUUUUCCAGGAGGGGUAUGGGGGCCUGACCUUUCACAGCAAUCUGAGCUUGAUUACAGAGGAUGAAGCAAAGUAUAAUCAAAGUUACAUAGAGACUGAACCUGAAGUUGUAAUCAGACCUCGAGGAUCAGGAAUACAGAUAUUCGCACUGGAAACCCCACUAGCUGCGAGACGGGGAAUUGCAUGUGGGCGCCUGCGUGGCAUUGAACGUUGAGCUGUGGAGACUGGAAACUGAGGGGACAACCUUCUCCCAGGAGGCUCCCAGGAGGCUGGAAUGCCCGGUGCUAGGGAUACCACCUCCCGGCCAUUGUUGUGGGAAAGGCUUGCUCUUAAAAUCCCCCUCCCUGUCACAAUGCAAAUGUCUUGGGGAAGGAAACAAUAUUCGGUCAGUCAAUAUUUUAAGAUGAUGAUGAUUUAGGAAGUAAUGUAAGCGAAAGUUCUGAGUGUAGAUCUUGAUUAAGGAGAGAGGAAAAAAGAAACUGAUGAGUCCGAAGAUACAUAUGUUGAGGCACUUUGAAUGAAAAAAAUCACUAGAACAGAAACAGUCAUUUGGGAAGGCUGCGUACCGACCGCGUGAUUUUGCCCACAGUCGGUCUCCGUGCACUCAACAGCUACUUUUUGCAUGCUUCCUCUGUGCUGGACACUGUUUUAGGCACUUGUGGAUGAGAAAGAGGAGCCCAAAGUGACACACAUGGAAGCCCUCAAAGGAGAAUUGGACCCAUCACACUCCUACACACACACACACACACACACACACACACAUUCACCCGCAUGCAUGUACACGUGCCCUGUCCCAUCCAGGUACCUGGAGAUCCCGUCAUGACAUGGCUACUGCUGCUAUGGGGAGAAACAAUCUGACAAGCAAAUUUGCAUCAUGGUAUUUGUAAAAGAAAGCUCCAGGGAGGGGGCCAGACACGCUGCUCAAGAGCCCAAG